AGCAGAGUCACCAACAGAAGCACCCUUCCCUCCUUCUCCCAUUGAUCCUGAAGAAGCAUCGUUGGUUGGUCCAGGAGAAAGAGAUGGAGGUGAAGAGGAGAGCGGCAGCCAUUGCCGGCCUGUGCAUCAUGCUCCUCCUCGUGCUGCCGUCGGGGCAGCGGCAGCAGGUGGCCGCCAUGUCCGAGUUCUGCAAGUGCUUCGACGGCUGCUACCCCGGGUGCAGGAGCCCCGGCGUGCCGCGCUGGCUCUGCGUCCCGUUCUGCGCCAACAAGUGCAGCCCCAGCAGCAACCAGGCCGGCGACGGUGUCGGCUCUGCCGCCGCGACGUGCAGGAUGGCCUGCAAGAUACACAUCUGCGACUCGUCAGAGGAGCCAGCCGGUGCAGACGCAGCUGACGCCGACGUCUGCGUGCAGAACUGCAACAAGAUGAAGAUAUGGAGCCACGAGGCCCGUAAUUAGCUUCCA